AUGGAAAACUACACUUAUCCUCCUUAUUUUAACCUCACCAUGUUUGGGAACAUAGGCAACUACCGCUACCCAGCAUUUGUCCUGUGUCUCCUGUUGUAUGCUUGUAUUAUCUCAGCUAAUCUUGUCAUCAUAGUGGUGAUAUCACGAGAGAAAACCUUACAUGAGCCCAUGUAUAUUUUUGUUAUGUGUCUUUCUAUUAACUCUCUGUACGGCUCCGCCGGCUUCUUCUUCCGAUUUCUGAGAGACCUUCUGUCUGAUACUCAUUUGAUCCCAAGGUCAGCUUGUUUCCUUCAGAUCUACGUCAUUUACACCUAUGCAUCCUAUGAGCUCACUAUCUUAGGUAUUAUGGCUUAUGAUCGCUAUGUUGCUGUAUGUCAACCUUUACAUUACCACAUCAAAAUAACCUCCAAGAUGGUCUCUAAGUUGAUUGCCUUUGCAUAUGUCUAUCCAGUCUUUUCUCUUGCAGCCUGUGUUUAUCUGUCCUCCAGACUUCCAUUGUGUGGCAAUACGAUACCUAAGGUAUUCUGUGCCACAUGGCCUGUUGUAAAAUUGUCAUGUGUCAGUAUUGUGAUCAAUGACCUUGUUGGCAGGUUUGUGUCCAUAAGCACAGUCUUUCUGCCCCUGGCUUUUGUCCUGUAUACUUAUGUAAGAAUUAUUCUCCUUUGUAGGAAACGCUCUUCAAAGUUCAGGAGCAAAGUGAUACAAAACUGUCUGCCACACAUUAUUACAUUCGUCAACUAUUCCAUUACUGCGUUUUGUGAUGUUGCGCUCAGCAGAAUCGAUCUUGAAAAUCUGAAUCCAUUUCUAGCAGUCAUUUUAUCACUUGAGUUUGUUAUGAUUCCUCCCAUUGUGAAUCCUGUUGUGUAUGGCCUGAAGUUACCAGAAAUUAGAAAAUGUUUGUCAAGGAUGUUAUCAUGUUCGAAACAUGACAGACCUUAG